UCAGUGUGAGGUGUGAACACACCAGCGUUGGCGGCUGAUUGGUGCUGGACCCGGCUGAUUGCGGCAGCUGUGUUCCUGGGCCCUGAUUGGCUGAACCUGGGUCGCACCUGGUACAUGUGCUGCCUCUCGGAACCGGACCCAGCGUCGACUCUCCACUGUGCCCAGCCCAGCAGCCGGACCCUCCGCUCGCAGCAGGAUGACGUGCGAACCACAAAGCGAGGUGGCCGAGCAGGUCGUCGACAGCACCGAGGACCGAGUGGUACCGAGGGACGGCGUGAUCCGGUCGGUGCUGCGGGGAAUCUUCUGGCCCUUCGGCAUCGUGGUGAAAACGUACCGCGGGUUUUGCUGGCUUUUGGGCUUCCGGCAGCCUAAGGAAGCAGUCGCUGUCCCCAGUCCCGGCCGACAGACGUGUGCCGGCCGGAAGCGGCUCCACCGGGUCACGCGCCUGCUGCUCACCAUCCUGCCCCGGUGGCUGCAGGGGGCUCUCGGCUACCCGGUGUCCAGCGACAUCGGCCGGUGCCUCUCUCCAGAAGUCAGAGUCUCGCCCAUCAAACCGUGUGGGAAAGGCAGCAAGAGGAAGCAGGACGAGCUGGAUGAAGAUGAGGCCGACGAAGAGGAGCAUCCCUCUUGGGUGGAGGCGCUGACUCAGGAGCUGGUUGAGGAGGGCCCUGAGGAGGAUCCCGACUAUGAGCCCAGCAGCGUGGAGACUGAGAGCAGCGAGUUCCGCUCCCAAAACGAUACAGAGAGUGAUAUUGAGGUCCAGGCGUCUGGUGUGGUCGUUAUUGAGGACGUCAGUGUGGAGGUUCCGGCUGUCUGACGUGUCCCACUGUGAUUUUGUACUGCUGUGAAAGUAACUCCUAUAAUAAAGUUUAUU